AUGUUCACACACACACACAUCGACCUUACAGUCUGCCUACAUCCACAUACAUCGAUACGCUCUACAAUCAACACGACCGCAGUCAACUACCAAGCCACACAAGAAACACUCAUCACAUCGACCGCCAUCAUCAUGCAAGUCCCCAGCUUCAACAUGAACAACAACUUCAAUCUCCUUGGUGGCUCUGAAUCCCGUGACGGCGGUUCACCCAAUCGAUCCGCCAAAUUCAACUUGCCAACAAUGAAGGCCAUGCGUGGUGGUCCGGAGUCUCGGGACGGUGGCUAA